CCUGUGGGCAGAGAGAGGGGAGACUUCCAUUGAUAAUAAUGCUUUCCAUCGCUUACAGUUAUGGGCUUGAUCCAAAGCCCAGUGAAGUCAGCGGAAAGACUCCCUAUUGGCUUCAAUGGACUUCCUUCCCCAAAGGAAGAGUUUACAGAAGCUAGGAUGGGGAGAGAAAGGAACAUUGAACCCUAUGGGAUAGUUUCUCAUUAUUUGCACAUUCUGCCAGCUCCUCUUCUGUCCUGAGAUAAACAAUUUCUGCAGCUCUUGCUGUUCUUUGUGCAGUCUGUGUUCUCUCCACCUUGUGCAGGCUCAUUCUUUAUCCCCAGCUAUAAAUGCUGAAGUUCUUUGUAAAGACCCCAGUGGUUUCUUUUCUUCCUUGCCCAUUAAAGUAUCUGAAAAAUCAGCGGGAAUGAAAGGUUUUCGUGGAUUUUAAGGCCAAAAAGGACUGUUACGACAAUCCGAUCUGACUUUUUGUAUAAUACAGGAUGAAGAACUUGGACCCAGAAAUAAUAAUGACACCACCGCCUGCCUCUUAUCUAGCACUGUUCAUCAGUAGUACACAAAGUGCUUCACAAAUGUGAUCAGAAUCAUUAUCCCCAGUAAUUUCUGUAUUACGCUUAUAACUUCUGUUUGAGCUAGAGCAGAUCUUUAGAAAGAGGUCUAGCCUUGAUUUAAAGACUGCAAGUGAUGGAGAAUCCACCAUGUCCCUAGGAAAUUGGUUCCAGUGGCUGAUUACCCUCCCUGCUAAAAAAUAGUGCCUUGUUUCUAGUCAAGUUCUAGUCUAGUUUCCGUUUCCAUCCAUUGGAACGCUUUAUCCUUUUUGUGUCAGUUUAAAGAACUGUCUCCUCUCAGAAAUCUCUUUCCCAUGUAGGAUCAGAGCCUCUGAUCAAGCCUCUGUUAGCAUGCUCUUGCAUAAAUGUUGCAUCAAACAGGCAAGCUACUAACAAGCUUCAAUGGGACUUUAUUUACACUGGAAACACCUUUACCAAGCUGCUGCUGCACCCUCUGUAACUCUCACUCAGCCUCCUCAACUCCUCCCUACUCCUUCUAAUUUCUGUCCUUUCAGGCUCCCAACAGCCAGUGCUCCCAGUUCUAAUAAUUCCAAGCAACAUCUAAGCACCACAAUAAACUAAAUAGAUCAUCUGCUGUCUUAAGUGUCUCACUACAAAGGCAGGGUUUUCAGAUCUCCAAUUCUUGUAGCUCUUUUCAGAACUCUCCCCAGUUGUCUGCCCUUUGCCAGUUAUUAUUCCUAUUUGCUUCUGUAUUUGCUUUGCUUUCCUUCUUUUCUGCACAUUUCAGUAACGUUACCAGUUUCCCUUCGUUUUCCAUGGGUGAAACUCAUCCCUGUACAGGGGGCCAGCACUGCCCAGUCUCACUUAAGUUCUUGGGUUUAAAUCGGUUUGGGUCCCUGGAUGGACAUGCACCUAUUUACGGCUGCUGAGGAUCUGGCCCAGCAAUGUGUUGUGUCUGAAUAGUACUGGGUCUGAUCCUCAGCUGUGACAUUCCUGCUGCCUGUUACACAAUUCUGGUUGACACCAAGCAAGUAUUCAUGACAUUUCACUGGGAGAAUAAGGCUGAUUUCCCAAAUAAAAGAAUCUGUUUCGAUAGCUAUCGGAUAUGCUGUGUUAUCUUCUUUUCACAGCUUACUCACUCAAUUGCCAUGUGUGCAACACCACAACUGCGAACACCUGCACGAAUCCCAUCAAUUGCUCAACAGCUGAUCGUUACUGCACAACAUUUAUUAGAACCCAUGCCUUGCAGUGUUACACAUGCCUGGAGCCGAUGAGCGCCCCCCUCUGCGUGACCAUCAGCAACUGCUCCACAGAUGACAUUGUGUGCAAGACAGUAAUGUACUCCCGAGAGGAAGUUUACCCCUUCGUGGGCGACUCAACCGUCGUCAAGUCUUGUGCUCAGAAAUGCAUCCCAUCUGACGUGGAUGAAAUCGGGAGCUCUCGCCCCACCUUCUGCUGUAACUCUGACUUGUGCAACCUGGAUGGGGCAGUCAGCAUACAAAUCAGCUACAUGGUGAUGGGGAUUUCAGCCAGUUUCCUCUGUGUCCUCCUCAGAACUGGGCUGUGAGGAGCCAGGCAGGUGAAGCCUUUACUCCCGAAGCACCACCCAACAAGAGUCAAGCCCCUCUUGGUUGCGCUUGCCAUCUGCAUUCCGAAUGGGUGGCCUUGGACACUUGUAGGAAGCUGCUUCUUCACUUUCUUAGACACACUGGCCUCUUGGAAAGAUGUUAUCUCUGCAUUCCUGUCCCUGUCAAUAAAGGGACCUGGCUCAGGAAUGCCCAGUCGGACAAUCUCUCUACCAGCUCCUUGCUAAAUUAAAUUCAAUGCUAAUCUGUACUGGAAUGUCUUUGUGUCAAUUACUUGUGGAAAAUUCCAUGGCACACCCAGUUACUCAAGGCCAAACUAUUUGAAUUAAGUACAUGACCAUUGUGACCAACACCCCUAGCAAAUGGCUAUUUCACACGCCCCUAUUCUACAGACAUCAUUGCUAAACAACCAGUUGGGGGUGAAAUUCACCUGAAUGCAGUGAGCCAGUGCAACCC